ACCGCGUCGCGUCCCGUAUAUAAAGGCACCGGGCCCGGUCAAAAGUCACCACUGGCCUGCUGAGCUGGGAGUCAUGCGCGCCUGUAUCUUCGUGCUGCCUGCCCUCGUGGCAGUCGCAUCCGCCGGGCUUUUCGGUGGCGGUGGAGGAGGAGGCGGUUUCGGCGGCGGCGGUGGCUUUGGCGGUGGCGGGGGCUUUGGCGGCGGCGGCGGCGGUGGCCACGUCGUGACCUCAUCCGUCUCCUACAUCGCAAAGCCCGUGGUCAGCGUCGGCUACGUUGCCAAGCCCGUGGUCAGCUACGUCGCCAAGCCCGUUACGACAGUGACGCAUGCGCUCAAGCCGGUGCUCACCUACACCAUCUCCAGUGGCGGUGGAGGAUUCGGCGGUGGCGGCGGAUUCGGUGGCGGUGGAUUCGGCGGCGGCGGUGGUGGCUUCGGCGGUGGUGGUGGCGGUGGCGGUGGCCAUGGUGGAUGGGACUGGUGGUGAAAAGACAGCCGCCUGCUAGCCAACGAUUAUUGCUCUAUUCGGUAGGUUUGACAUGGGUGCUGCACCUUCAGCGACAAAAAGGUACCAACCAGCCACAAGCCAGAAACCGCUGCCAAAGACGCUGCAAAAACCAGCGUGUCUGCCGUGCCUUCAGGAAGAAAUAAUGAUACUCCGCUUAAGAAAGUUUCAGUCCGAACUCCGGGUACCUGUCAAUAAAGUUUUUUUUUCUAUUGUU